AUCAUCCAAGUUAUAAUAUAUCUUCGCUCUGCCUCGACUUAGGGAUUUUGUAUUUUUACGGAUGGAGCCGUAUCCUCUUUCGAAGCUGAAUCCUGAUACCAGCGAGUGGCGUAUUCGCGCAAAGGUUCUUGCUAUUUGGCAAGAGUACUACGAUCAUUAUUCGACGGUUGACGUCGUGUUGGUCGAUGAUAAGGGUGGGAAAAUCCACGGUAUCAUACCUAUGGAGCUUAUGCCACAGUUUUCGUCGAGAAUCGUGGAGAACCGAUGGAUAGUGAUAACAGAUUUUAUUUUGAGACCUGUCGUGGAUGCGUUGAAGCCUGUUGCUCAUAGAUUUGAGCUGUACGAGUGGGUUGUCGAAACCAAGGUUCUUUGUUCGUGGACACGGCGUCUAGAAAACAGUGGCAGGCGUUUAGAGUUUGUUCUCGCGGAUCGUGAGGGUAACAAGAUACAGUGCUCUCUAUGGGGAGAGGUUUACGAUAAAUUUGUGUCUGUAAUAGUUAGCGGUGGUUGGUUUCGGAUUAAGGACUUUAAAGUUGUUCAUCAGACUGGGGAUUGCAGAGCAACCUUGCACCGCUAUAAGAUGAUUCUUUUGAAAAACACUACGAUUGUCAAGAUACCUGAUAUCGAUAACAAUAAGUUUUUUGAUUUUGUUGAUUUUGGAAGUAUCUUGGACCGAAGAUAUUCUGACGACUUUUUGGUUGACUUGAUUGGAGAGGUUGUUGAUGUCCAAACUUCUAAUAUCGAAGCUGAAACCAAUGGAACGAAAUUACAUGAGGGUUCUGUUGUUUUUAAUGAUAAGGGCGUCCCUUUAUCUGAUGAAGUUAUACCAGACUAUGAUUAUUUACUAGAUAGGUUGGAGAGAUACAACGAGAGUAGAUUAGUCGUGGAAAACAAGGAACCUAAUCGCUCCUUGAAGCGUACUAGCGAGGAUGUGUAUGGAUUUCCAUCCACAAAACGUUUUCGUCCUCUUACUGGUGGUUAUAAAGAAUUACUUGAAGAAGUAGGAGGAAUAAACGAUCAAGGCCAUGGAAGACUAGGAUCCGAAUUUGGUGAAGAUGACGAAGAGGACGAUGAUGAAGAAGAAGAAGACACCGACGGAGACGAAGAAGUUGAAGAAGAUGUAGAUGACGAUGAAGGGGAAGGAGAAUACGAAGAGGAAGAGACGUAUGGGGAAUUUGGUUAUGAUGAGGAUGAUAGCAUAUAUCGCACAGUUUCUUUCUAUCUACGUGACAGACGGAAUGCUAUGUUGAGAUGCCGCCUGUUUGGUAAAGUCGCUAUGACUUUCUACGAUACAUUUAAAGAGCAAGCUGAUGGUGCUGUUAUUUGUGAUGUGGCCAUACAUGCUACAGAUUGUACCCGUAUUGAGAUUAAUCCAGAUAUCCGUGGAGUGGAAUGCUUCGAUGAAUUAAAAAGCAAAAAUUCACUAACUUUCAUCGAUGAUAUCAAUCCUAUUCACGAUCAGUAUAAGAUUAAGGUGUUAAUCUUGAGGCUGUGGAAGGCGUAUCAGAAAGAUGCGGGCAACACAAUCGAGAUGGUUUUGGUGGAUGAAAAGGGUUCAAGAAUCCAUGCAACUGUUGAGGACAAAAAUAUCAAAAAGUUCGACGGUGUCCUGAAAGAAGGUGAUGCCGUUACCUUGAAUCCUUUCAAGCUCAUCAAGUACUCUGGCGAUUAUAAGAGCAACAGUCUUUCUUUCAAGAUUUUGUUUUACCGAACAACCCAGGUCAAACCAUGUGAUGAUUUUCCAAAGGAAGUCCCUGAGAAGUAUUUUGUGGAAUUUGGUGAUGUUUUAAAUGGUUCACUAGACACGCGUGUUUUCGUUGAUGUUAUUGGUCAGAUUGUCAACGUUGGACCGAUCGAGGAUAUAAAAAUCAGAGGAAAAAGUACUCCAAAGCUCGACGUCGAGUUGCGUGAUCGUGGGAACGUACGGUUAAUGUGUACUCUAUGGGCGGAUUUUGCUAAGCAAGUUAGUGAAUUGUUUGCUGGAUCAACUGUAUCGAUACGUGAUCAAUUCUUGGUGAAGAAUCAUAAACGAACUGUCCGAGAUAUAGUCGAGGCGUUAGAGGAGGGUAUGUGUGUGACCAUGGUCACUGUUGGAUCCGUCGAGCGAACGACGAAAUGGUAUUACGUUUCGUGUAAGAUGUGCAAUAAGAGUGUCGAGCCUUAUCCAGAGAUUCUGGUGAUGAUGGAAAACCACCUCUUUACUAUUGCGGCGUUUGUGACAAGGAUGUCUCUGCUGUGUAGUGUUCAGUUUUGGGGCUCGGUUGUUCAUUAUUGUUCUGGAAUAACUGUUUGUUUUAGAUACCGAUUGGUUCUGGAGGUUUCUGAUGCAACUAACUACAAGGCAAGGUUUUUGUUGUUUGAUGCAAUGGGUAGUACGCUCCUUCGUAGAACUGCACAGGAGCUCUAUAAUGAAGUUUCUGAGAAUGACCCCUCUAUUCUUCCCUCGGAGAUUGGGGCAUUGGUCGGGAGGCGGUUUCUUUUUAAAGUUAACAAGCAAAACACUAACUCAACCCAUAUUAGCCAGACGGAUGAAUGCAUCGUAGCUAUCCAACAAGCGGCUUCGUGGGUGCUGCCGGUCGAUAGAUUGCGUGGUUUAUUUGUUAUGCUGAUGGGUGUUUUCUGCGAGGCAGAUCCGUUGUCGGUCUGGGAUGCUACCUGGGAUAGCCGGAGGUAUGCCUACAAUGAAAUCCAAAACUUUGAGACAUUUAUGCGUAAGGAAAACUCUACGUUCAAUGUCUAUGCGGAAUUACGGAAGAGAGUCGCUUAGCUGGUGGUCCUACAUGUGAUCUUUCGUUGGAAUAUAAGAUGCGUGAUCAG